AUGUCAUUCAUACAUCUUAAUAUCAAAAGUUCUUGGGCCGGCUAUUCAGAUGUCAAAUUCCAUUUAGCACCUCUAGCACAACAACCUCGUGCACUAUUGAGCGAAGUUGAGGCCCAUCCUUGGUCUACCCUCGGCCCUAACAUAGGGUCUGACGAGUCCUUAGGAAAAAUACGUCAGUGGAUAUCAUCCUGUCAAGCCAGCCAUAAAUCUUGUGGUUCAAUACACGGACACCAUGGAUCACCUGGUUUGGAAAUCGGUACCUUCUUCCCAACUCGAGUGAUUGACGUUGAGGAAGCCGAAGCUGGGGUAAUAUUUCUACGAGAGAGAGCCGAAGUCACGGUUCAAUUCGGCACCGACAACGAAGCACGCCUACCAACAUCAACCGAAUCCAGUACCAUGCAUAAGUAUCCCGUCUACUGGACUCUAUCUCAUCGCUGGGGAGAUGCUGAUGAGAUGCCACGACUUCUUAAAGACACAGAGUCACAACUCCGUAAAGGCGUUAGGCUUGAUAAAUUACCGCCGAUCAACGGAAUGUGGCCGACAUUCCGCGACGCGGCCCUUCUUGUUAAACGUCUCGGCUAUAGAUAUAUUUGGAUCGACUCGUUAUGCAUCUUUCAAGAUUCAGAUAGCGAAUGGCAACGAGAGGCUAGUACGAUGAUAGAUAUCUACCGCCACUCAUAUUGCAAUAUAUCGGCGGGCUUUGCGUCAUAUAACCCAGCAAAUAACGGUCUUUUUAGGCGAAGAGAGUUGUGUGAGAGGCACCUCUAUCCAGCUGUGGUGAACAUAGAUGCUCAACUAUGGUGGGCAUGGUGUAUUCCAAAUUGGAAUGACCAAGUCGAGACAGUGCCUCUCAAUAAACGCGGCUGGGUCGUACAAGAACGAUUUCUAGCGACGCGGACUAUUCAUUUCGCUGGAAAUCAGGUCUUCUGGGAAUGUUUGGAGGACAUCAAUUACGAAUCUAAACCGACAAGUGAAAGCCUAGCAGAUCUAGAAAGGAACGCGGAAAACUGUACAACUAUGAAGGAUAGGAAAGCAGUGUUGAUGUUCCAUAAACUCAAAGAAACUACUACUGAACCGUACCCCCCGCCUCACGAUGAAGAGAGAUCAAAGGAAAUCUAUGAAUCCUGGACUCGUAUUGUGGAAUAUUACGCAUCUUGUGGGCUUACAAAAGAGUCUGAUAGAUUGAUCGCUGUAUCCGGCAUGGCGAAGGCUUUCCAGGAAGCCACCGGCGACACAUACAUGGCUGGCCUAUGGAAAGGUGCGUUCGGCCGUUACCUUACGUGGUAUAGUACGGCUUACAAUGGAGGUCAAGUCCGGCGUAGCGAGUAUGCGCCGACGUGGAGUUGGGCUUCGACUACGGGAGGUGGGGUGGAAUUCUUCGAUUGGGUUGAAGGUCAUUAUACAUCAUUUUUCAAACUCAUUGGGGAGCGGAUCGUGCCUGAACCGCCUAAUGGGGACUCUUUUGGAUUGCUUCUCUCCGCGGAGCUUGACAUGGAGUGCAUGAUUUGCUACCUUCGAUUGGAUACGGGGUGGCGGCGGUACGACCAGGGGAAGACCUGGGUAUAUCACGACGAAGCUCGAAGCCGGUGCUUUUUCGAGGGACAUUCAAAUACAGACAUAUACUAUGAUUUGAUAGACUCGCAAGAUAAGUUUGAGCAAGCGAACGAGGUGGGAGAUGAUUUCGUAUGCACCUUUAUUCCAGUAUGGAAACAAGGCAACGAUACAACGCUUUGCCUUAUAUUGGAGCGCGAUGUAAACAAUAGGUAUAAACGAGCUGGGCUUCUGAAAUGGUACCAGUAUAAUGACGAGGCAAAAAGUCCUUGGGACAAUUGGACCCGUACAAAAAGUCUUAUUACACUUAUAUAG